GGCGGCCCUUCGCAGACGCCCCCCGCGCCGGAGCAGCCGCAGCGAGACGCCGCCGCCGCCGCCGCCGCCGCCGCCGCCACGGUUCCCGCGGCCGAUGAAGUGAUUUAUGAGCCUUCCCCAGCCCCUGCUGCCGCCGCUGCCGUAGCCGCCGCGCCGGACACCGAGGUCUGCUGGCCAUGGGCAACCUGAUAAAGGUAUUGGGCAAAGAUUUAGAAAACUGUCCUCAUUUUUUCCUGGAUUUUGAAAAUGCGCAGCCGACGGAGGCCGAGACGGCGGUGUGGAACCAGGUGAACGCCGUGCUGGAGGAGGCGCAGGCCGUCCUGGCCGAGCUGCGGUCGUACGCGGGCGCCGGGCAGGAGAUCCGCGAGGCCAUCCAGAACGCCGGCGACGCGCGGCUGCAGGAGAAGGCCUGGAACGCCGUGUGUCCCCUCGUGGCCAAGCUGAAGCGCUUCUACGAGUUCUCCCUGCGGCUGGAAAACGCCCUGCGGAGCCUGCUGGAGGCCCUGACCAGCCCCCCGUACGCCCCGACGCAGCACCUCGAGCGCGAGCAAGCCUUGGCCAAGCAGUUCGCCGAGAUCCUCCACUUCACCCUCAGCUUCGACGAGCUCAAGAUGACCAACCCCGCCAUCCAGAACGACUUCAGCUACUACAGGAGAACCAUCAGCCGCAACCGCCUCAACAACCCGCAGCUGGAGGCGGAGAGCGAGGUGAACAACGAGAUGGCCAACAGGAUGUCGCUCUUCUACGCCGAGGCCACCCCCAUGCUCAAGACGCUCAGCAACGCCACCACCAAGUUCGUCUCGGAGAACAAGACGCUCCCGAUCGAGGACACGACCGACUGCCUCAGCACCAUGGCCUGCGUGUGCCGGGUGAUGCUGGAGACGCCGGAGUACCGGAGCCGCUUCACCAACACCGAGACCCUCCUCUUCUGCAUGCGCGUCAUGGUCGGCGUCAUCAUCCUCUACGACCACGUCCACCCCGUGGGCGCCUUCGCGAAGACCUCCAAGAUUGACAUGAAAGGAUGCAUCAAAGUCCUGAAAGACCAACCUUCAAACAGCACCGAGGGGCUGCUGAACGCGCUGAGGUACACCACGCGGCACCUCCACGACGACACCACGUCCAAGCAGAUCCGGGCCCUGCUGCAGUGAGCGCCGCGUCGCCGCGACCGCGCCGCUCGUCUCGCGCGGACGGAAAAGGGACGGCAAGAAAUACACGGGAAUACAAAAUAGUAAUAAUAAUAAUAAUAGUAAUAGUCAAAGCGAAUGGCGUCACCCCGGCCGGGGCGGUGGGGGGUGCUGGGGCCGGGCGGGAUGGAGCCCGGGGCAAGGAGGCUGCCAGUGGUUUCCGGAGGGAUAAGGCGGUCCAGGACCACGCUGCGGUUGGGCCCCCCUCCGCCCCGGAGGACGGGACCCCCCUGGGGAGCCGGGGAGGGGGCAGGCGGCGCCCCCGGCCCGGCCGCUGCGGAUACGGGCUCUGGAGCCGAGUGUCCAACGGCGGCAGCGGCGGAGGAAGAACCAUCUCCGCAGAUCUGCACGGACUUUGGUGGAAACAGCUCAGUCUUACCCGGCAGAUUUUUAAUAUAAGCAAUUAAAUCUCCA